AUGGGGGCCAAGAGCGCUGCGUCACACUUGCGUAGCAACGCCGACGGCAACUCUACUGAGCACACGGCGCUGUUGGCAACACCGCAUCAACCCAAUUACACAGGAAGUCGUGCGUUGACACGGGAUCAGUAUGAGACCGACGAGGAUGACGAAAUCGACGCAAACGAGUCGGAUCUCCUCCUCGCCAGGACAGCGUCUAUCCAGAGCGGGACGGGGCUGGCCCCGGAGUCUCUUGAAUCGUCGAUGCUUAGGGGGCGUCAACGGCGAUCAAGUGUAACUCAUAUAACCCGGCCCAGGGACGAGCCCGGUGGUUACUUGACCGACGAUGAUGUGGAAGCUGUUAUUCCCGCGGCAUUGCACAAAUCUGGAAGAGAGUUUCUCAUCGACACAGACUACCGAAAAUUCUGGACUAUUUUCAUGGGCAUGAUGCUCACGUAUUUCAUCGCUGCCUUUGACGGUACGAUCAUGGCGUCGUCACACCCGGUCAUUACGUCCUACUUCCACAGCUCUAACAGCGCGUCCUGGCUCUCCACGGCAUUCCUGUUGACGAGCACUGCCUUCCAGCCCAUCCUCGGUCGUCUCAGUGACACCAUCGGCCGGAAAGGGCCCUAUAUCAUGACCAUGACGAUCUUUGCGGCGGCAACGGCCUGGUGUGGGCUAGCUGGCAGCAUGACCAGUUUCAUCGCGGCGAGGGCCGUCUGUGGGCUUGGGGCUGGAGGCAUGAUGACACUGGGAAGUAUCAUGAUCAGCGACCUGGUGGAUAUAGAACGCCGAGGCACAUACCAGAGCUGGAUCAAUGCGGUAUACGGCAUCGCAUCGGCCUCAGGCGCCGCUCUUGGUGGUCUCAUGGCCGACACUCUCGGCUGGAGAUGGGAGUUUGGAAUCCAAGUCCCGCCUGUUAUCCUCUGCAUCAUUCUUGGAGUCAUUUUUGUCCCCACAGACCUUGGCAUUCAGGGGAAAAGGGAAAGCUUCAUGGAGGCUAUGCGGGCCUUUGACUUCCAGGGUUCUUUCCUCCUGACCUGCUCUACUACGUUCUUGAUAUUGGGAUUAAAUCUCGGCGGCAAUAUCCUGCCAUGGUCGCACCCGUUUAUCAUCGCCUCGCUGGCCAUCUCUGCCACCUGCUUCCCGCUAUGCCUCUGGACCGAGUCCAAGGCCAAGCGCCCCAUCAUGCCCUUGAAACUGUUACACAGCAGUCCGCGCGCCAACUUGAUCUUUGCCAACUUCCUUGCCUCACUCCUCCUUAAUGCUAUCUUGUUUAACGUCCCGCUGUACUUCCAGGCCGUGCUAUUGACCUCGGCCACCGAGUCCGGCAUCCGCCUCGUGGCGCCGCAAGUCUCGGCGUCGAUGGUCGGCACGGCGACCGGGUUCCUGAUCUCGCGCACCAAGCGGCUCAAGUGGCCGCUGACGUCGGGCACGCUGCUCUCGCUGCUGGGGGCCGUCGUGCUGAGCAUGAUGCGCCGCGACUGGCCCGUGUGGGCGUACCUGUUGUGCCUGCUGCCGGGGGCCAUGGGCCAGGGGUUCCAGUUCCCGGGCACCUUCAUCGCGGUGCUGGCCGUGUCGCCGCAGGCGGAGCAGGCCGUGGUGACGUCGACGCUGGUGCUCUGGCGCGCCCUCGGCUCCGUGCUCGGCAUCGCCUGCAGCAGCCUGAUCCUGCAGAACGCCCUGCUGGCCUACCUGCGCGCCUACGUCACCGAGGACGGCGACGGCGGCCGCGGCCCCGCCUGGAAGGAGGACAUCAUCGAGCGGGUGCGCGGCAGCGUCGAGGCCGUCGCCCGCCUCGAGGGCCCCGUGCGCGAGCAGGUCGUGCUGAGCUACGAGGCCGCCAUCCGCGUCACGUUCCUGUGCUGCGUCGGCGUCGGCAUAGUCAUGGUCUGCCUGGUGCUGCCGAUCCGCCUGCCACGUCUGGGGGCGAGGAAGUGA